AAUACGAAAUCUAAAAGUGAAGGUGGUUGGGGGUAAAAGUGGAUUUUGGUGACUGUACCGUUUUUUUUGAUCGGUCACUGUACCUCCCUCCACAUCUUCUCCUGGGAGCUAUGAACAAGAGUUGGCGAAGGUAACAUGGCAGUAUGCGAAGCCAUUCUAGUUGGAACCAAUACGGACCCGACGAUUUGAGCAUCCGGCGGGUUCUAUCAGUUACGACAGUUUUCACGUCACAUUCAAGCGGAAUCGAAUCUUCCUUUCGUUCUCAGGCGGAGCUAGACCGUAAAAGCUGUACGCAGCAAUUUCAACUUUUGACGAACUACCGAUCUCUAGUGAUAUAUAACGACUUCACGAUAGCAGAAGCCACCAUAUACCUAAGGCAAUGGAGAUACUUCCCAGCCAUAUAUAACGAGAGCUCAGUCUCAGUGAUUAAACAUUCUUUCCAAGAUAACAACCGAUAACCCAUCAUCCUACGCAUCGCGCCCCGUGACAACACACCACCAUGUUUACUGACAUGUAUAACAUGAUAUCAAGACUCGUCUUCAGGGUUUUCAACACAUCUAGAGAAACGUCAUCUGAAACUCGCUUUGAAAAGACUAAUGAAAACAGACCACCUCUCAUAAUCUUCAUACUCGGCGCCCCGGGCGCAGGCAAAGGGACGCAUUCGAAGCGUCUACGACGUGAUUUCCAGCCCCUGAUGCACCUCCCCUACGCCUCCAUCCCAGCCUCCUGGGUAAGCACGUUCCCACGUCGCGACGGCGGCGUCGACGGAAACCCGGUCUUACCCACCGCCGACGCAGUGCAAUUACUCCGCGAGACGAUAGAGUCUGGCGUUGCCCGCGGCCAGAACAUGUGGCUGAUUGACGGGUUCCCGCGAUCCAAGGCGCAUAUGGACCCUUGGGUAGAGGCGCAGAUGCCGCAGGCUGUGUGUGCGCUUUAUCUGCAUUGUGACAGCGAGGUCCUGGUGCGUCGGAUACGCGGCCGUGCGGAGUCAUCCGGCCGACCUGACGACGCGAAGGCACGCGAGAGAGUUGAAAGAAACAUAUCGGAUAGUGAAGAGAUGCUUAAGGCGUGUAGAGAGGCUGAUGUUCCUGUCGUGAAAAUUAAUGCCCAUAGGGAUCCUGAUGCGGUUUAUUCGGAUAUAUCCAGACAUUUCGAGAAAUUCAGGGAUAACUGGAUCAAGAUCGGAUCUCCAGAAGAGUAGGUUUCUCUCGAGUCUGUCCAUCGAGACCAUGGCAUCGUAGGUACUCAUACAGUGACAUGUUGUGCUAAAUCGAUGUUAUACUUCAAUGUUGUCACUGAAGAGACCUGUUGAAUUUUCCUCGUUACUGGUUACGUAUGGCGUUUCCCGCAGAUGUCCCGGGAUAUACUGACGAACGUCUAGAAUUUACACAAUUCUCUACAUUGCUGGGAAACAAGGAGGAUAGUGACAUACGACCUACAUCAUUCAUUUCAUUGCAUCAGGUAGCUUGCAUAGGUGACAGUGAGCAGUUAGUUAGCAAACAUCUCAUUGAGUUGCUCAUAUCUUCGUUAGGCUAUGCCA